GAGAGAGUAGGAGAAGGAGAAGGAGAAUAUCAGUGCUGCCAGUCUACCAUCCCAUAAGCUGACGUGGCACCUUCAUGCGUUCCCUUCCUUCCUUCCUUCAGAUAAGAAUCUCUGCGAUUAACCCUCCACAAUCGGAAUCACCUUCGCCCCAUCGCUCGUGUUCAUCAGAAACCCUAGAUCGGAAUCAUUUGUAUCAAUUUGGGGGAAAAAUUGGAGGAAACAAACAUUCUAGGGUUUCUUAAUUGAUGAAGUGACAUGACACCAUUCAGAUAAAGGGAUCAGAUUUGGUGUGUUAGAGAUUGAGAGAGAUAGAAAGAUGCAUGGUAGACAAAGGAACAACGUUGGGAAUGGGUACAGAUCUGGUUUUGGUAUGUCUGGUUCCAGAGUUUCACCUGACCGUCCUAUGAGAGGACAUGGCUUCUUUGGUGGUUCUGACCAGCACCAACACCGUGGGUUUAACCGUGGGUAUGGACGAGGUAGAGGACGCUCUAAAUCAUACCAGAAUCACUUACCUCCUCCUCCUCUUCCUCCUCCUGCUGCGCCACGUAGAAGCAUUGGUGGUGGUGGUGGUGGUGGUGGAGAUGUUUUCAUGGACGCAGGUCGUUUAGCAGCGGAGUACUUGGUUUCUCAAGGUGUUCUGCCGCAAACUGUGCUUUCUAGUAAAUGGCAGAAUGGUAGUUUCAGGAAGCAGGGUGUGGAGUUUCAGAGUUCUAGGUCUGAAGCAGCAGCAGUUCGAGGAGACCAUGUUUUGGCUCCAGCUGUAGUAGAUAGGAGGUAUGUUGAUGGGUAUAACUCAGCUGGCUCCUCCAGGAACAGUUUGCAAGGGAGGAGGUCUAACCGUUAUGACUCUGAUUUUGGGGGGAGGAGUGGUGGGUCUUGGUCAGAGAGGAGUAAAGGUUAUGAGGCUGAGAUUGGUGAUGACUCUGUGUCUGGGCAUAGAGAAGAGCAGCCACUUGUUGAAGAUAUUACUAGCUCGGUUCAGAGGUCAGCUUCUGGUGAGUUUAUGAGGAAGCGUGAAGGAGCGGGUGAUUCCGAGAGUGUGUUGGAUAAGUAUAGUCUACAGGAUGAGGCACAGUCUAAGGCAGGUUCCUCGAGUGCUGGGAAAGAAAUUGUACAGGAUUGUGAAAUUUCAAAAGUGUCGGAAGGUUCUUGUAGCUUGAGUGGUGGAUCAGGGGAGAUGAAAGGUAGGACUGGUGGUAAUGGUGGAGAGAAUGAGAGUCAGACUGCUAUUGAAGAUGCAUCUGUCCUUCAACAUGAGGAAGAUGCACCUAUCCAUCAACACUGUGCUGCUGAUGAAUCAUUCACCAAGAGUGGUAUUGAUUUGGCAACGCUGUGUAAGUUUGAGAAGGUGCCUACGAGGACGCGCUCGUCUCUGACUGCUAAAAACGCAAAGCUGUGUUUGAGUCAGAAUAUCAAGGAACCCUCUCAUAAUCAUGCAUGUGAGACUCGAGGCCAGCCAUCUGGACAAGCUGACAAUACUGGGGAUGAAAAUAUCAACGACCAAGUUGAAGAUGAUAUGCCUCUUGUUCAGUUCGUUGAGGACAGUAAAUGCCAUAGGUCUAAUUCUUUCCCCAAUAACAUUCUCAGGGAAAACAAAGAGAAAGAUUCAGAACCAGAAUUGCCUAAUCUGCAUAGAUCACAUUCGGUAGGGGAAAGAGGCGAGAAGCGAGCUCAUGAAGGCAAUGACUUGGAGGAGGAAGCAAAAAGACAGAGAAGUUGGGUGCCUUUGCCAGUUACUGAAGCCAAUGAUCGCUUCAACGCAUUCAAAGCAAACGAAAUCCAAUGUGAUCAGGAAGAAGAAGAAGAAGAAAAGCCAAUCUCAUUCUACAGGAAACUAAUUGACGGUGUUGCUGGAAAAACCGACAACCAUGAUGGUAGUAUACACAGGGGAAAAUCAGGACCUGGGUAUUCAGAAGAGCAUCAGCUGUUUCCUGCUUCGUUUAAGAUGUGUGACCUAAACCUAGGGGGAGCAUCGGAUGGGAAUGAUGGCAAAAAAGAUUCUGGUCAAGCUGUUGGUUUUGAUCUCUCAAUCAGCAGCUCUAGCAAGUCUCUUGAGUUCGGUACUAAUAAUAAUACUAGGAUGAGCAAUGGUAAAGAGAUAGAAGUGAUUGAUUUGGACAAUGAUGAUUCCCCAGAUGUGGUCAAGUCCAGCAAUAACCCUGGGAGAAAGCAAGAAGCUGUCCCAUAUAUGGGCAUUGAUGAUGUUCCAGAUUACAAUGAAGGGCUGAUGAUGGUUGAGUAUCUUGAUUCCUUUGGAAACAUUCCUCCAAUGAACAACCAGGGAAUCAGUACUACUUUGCCACAGAAUAAUGAAGUUGCUCUUCAAGACCGAGAGGGAGCUCUCGGGAAUGAGCAAGCAGCAAAUAAUACAGAUGACGAUUCGAUAUUUAUGUCGCUGGGAGAAAUACCAUUGACAUUCUUGCAAACUUGGGAUCAACCUCCAGCUCGAGGCUACGAGAAGCCUUUCUGAUUCGCUUUUUGUUUUGGUGUUUACCACUAGCAUUAUUAUUAUGAUAUAAUACCUGUCUAUGUACUGAGUGUGUAGCCGUUGCAUUUGUCCUAAUCCCUCUCAGAUGUAAGAUUAAAAACGACAUUAGUGUGUUGUGGCCUUGUAAUCUACUCUGUUUGUUAUUUGACGCAUUCUCCUUUGUUUUUAGCCUUUUAGGUAUUAGUUGAAUUGAAUCAACUACACCCCCC